CGCGUUCUUCCUUGGCACACACAUCGUCAUUUCCGCCUGCCCCUGCUUCUUAGAGCGGGCAGCCCCGUGUCUCUUUCUUUUCGCACAUCAUGGCGGACCGGUUCAAUAAGGUUCUGCUGCUGGAUGGCAGGGGCCAUCUACUCGGUCGGCUUGCUGCCCUUGUGGCUAAACAGGUCCUCCUGGGACACAAAGUGGUGGUUGUGAGAUGUGAAGGCAUUCUAAUCUCUGGCAACUUCUACCGCAACAAGCUGAAUUAGCUUGCUUUCCUGCGCAAGAGAAUGAACACCAACCCCUCUCGUGGACCUUACCACUUCAGAGCACCCAGCAGGAUCUUCUGGAGGACUGUUAGAGGCAUGCUGCCCCACAAAACCAAGAGAGGACAGGCCGCCCUGGAGAGGCUGAAGGUUUUUGAUGAUCCCCCACCCUACGACAAGAGGAAGCGCAUGGUUGUCCCAGCUGCACUUAAAGUUGUGCGCCUGAAGCCCACUUGCAAGUUUGCCCUCCUUGGUCGUCUGGCACACGAGGUUGGCUGGAAGUACCAGGCCAUCACAGCCACCUUGGAGGAGAAGAGGAAGGCCAAGGCCAAACUGCGCUACAACAAGAAAAAGACUCUGGUCAAGCUGACAAAGCAGGCAGAGAAAAAUGUGGAGGCCAAGGUUGCAAAGUACACAGAUGUUCUGAAACAGUACGGAGUUCUUGUCUGAACUGAUUCCUCUGGCCAAUAAAGAUAAAUACAUGUUUAUAGAAA